AUGGAUAAUCCCUGUGCAACACCACCCAACAAUGAGCGAGAAGAUCAAGAAGCUUUUGUGGAGGCACAAAAACUCAUCCAGGCUCAAAGUGGUUAUAAUUAUGGUCGCAAUGAAAUAGCUGGCGGAAAUAUACCAGCUACUGCGGCUGCUCCUAUAAGGCCAUUGACAGCAGCAGCUGCAUUUCCCACCGCUCCCACAGCCUUUUCAGGAGUUGGAGGUGCAGCUUCCAGUCCCUCCGGACCAUUUGGUGGAUUUCAGGCACAAAAUCAAAGAGGAAUUGGUGGUUUAACGGCCAGUGGACCAACUGCUUAUGGUGCCUCCGCCGGUAACAUACCAAAACGUCCGAACCUAUCGCAAAGACCUACUGCAACGGGUGGCACAGGCCCUGGCAGUAUAUAUGCACCAAAUACACAAUUUUCAAAUACUGGAACUGGAAGAGCAGGCUCUGGCACAGGCAAUGGUAUAGAUGAUGAUUAUGAUGGCGAUUUUUCCGCCAUACCAGGUGUGCCAGGUGUUGAUUAUCCAAUCUAUAGUCAAGUACCACAAACGAAUUUUGAUUGUGCUCAGCAAGCCUUACCAGGUUAUUACUCGGAUAUUGAGGCACAAUGUCAGGUCUUUCAUAUUUGUGCCUUAAAUCGCACCUAUUCUUUCUUAUGUCCCAAUGGUACAAUUUUCAGUCAGGAGGUAUUGGUAUGUAUAUGGUGGAAUCAAUACGAUUGUGCUUCGGCACCCAGUUUAUAUGCCAAUAAUGCAUUUAUCUACGACUAUGGAAAUGAGAGAAUACCCACAAAUACGGGUUAUCAAACCAGUGCUGCACAACAAAUCGGUAGACCACAAACAAAUAUUUUAUCAUCUGCUGGUGGAAGAGCACCCACAAGCUCCUCUGGUCUAUUUUCAGCACAGCGAAUACAACCCUCUGUAACGGGAGGUGGCAAUUUAGCCGUACAACCUUCUUCGCUAUCGGGAGUAGCUGCUAAUGCUGGUCGAUUCAAUCCAUCGCCGGCAAAUGCUGGAGCUCAAACAUUUCCAGCCACCCCGACACCCUUUGGCUCAGUCUUACGACCCGCCAAUCCAGCCGUUGCCACCACACCCGGAGGCGGUGGCGGAGGAAGUGGUUACAAUGCCAAUCUACCAGAAACUGCAUUUGGAAAUGCUGCAAUUGCUACACCAACAACUAAAGCAAGGGAAUACCUGCCUCCUCCCUCCCGUAGGCAAUAAAAAGUGAGAUCUCUCUGUGAGCUGCUGUAGACGAAUGUAGAUGAUACUUUCUCCAUAGAAUCCCCGAUCCAAUUGAUAACGAUUUUAGGCUUUUGUACCCGGUUUAAAUGUUCCUCAUGACAUUUCUGUUUUUAGCACACAUUUAAAAUUAUCGGAAAUGAACUCUAUUCUGUAAAUUUCCGU